GCAGAUGUUCAGCAGAUGGUGCUGAUUAAAGCAGAACCUUCUGAAGAAUGGAACCCUGGUAUGGACCAGCAGGAACCAGAAGUCUUCAACAUAAAGGAGGAAGAGGAGGAACUGUGGACCAAUCUGGAUGGUGAACAGUUUAAUGUGAAGGAGGAGGUUGAUGCCAGCAGCUUUUCAUUCACUGCAGACCCUUUGAAAAGAGAGGAUGACGAAGAGAAACCUCUGGUCUCACAGCUUCAUCAGCACCAAGUGGAAAGCAGAGAUCUUCCAAGCAGCAGCUCAGCUGAUCAGAUGACAGCAACAACUGGUGGAGAGGACUGUGGAGGAGAAGAAACUAGCAGGAACCCAGAACUAAAUACUCAUGAAGAGGAUUCCAGCUCUUCAAAGACUGAAGUCAGUGAGGAUGAUGAAGUGGAUGAUGAGGAUUGGAAUGACUCUUCAAGUUGUUUGGUUAAUAAGAAAUAUGUGAAAGUGAAGGAAAAUGUCGUUGCAUGCAGGAAAGUCCAGACAAGACAGAAAUCAUUUACUUGUGAUGACUGUGGCAAAAGAUUUACUAGACAAGGAGCUCUAAAGAAACACAUGAGAGUCCACACUGGAGAAAGACCAUUUCCCUGUGACCUUUGUGGGCAAAUGUUUAGAUGCAAUACACAUUUACAGACACACAGGAGAAUCCAUACUGGAGAGAAACCAUUUCCUUGUAAAGUUUGUGGGAAAAGGUUCAACCAAAGAACAAAUAUAAAAACACACAUGCGAAUCCACACAGGAGAGAAGCCAUUUUUUUGUGAUGUUUGUGGACAGAUGUUUAGCCGAAAGAUAUGUUUAAACAGGCACAUGACAAUCCACACAGGAGAGAAGCCAUUUUCUUGUGAUGUUUGUGGUCAGACGUUCAGCCGAAAGACUAAUUUAAACAGACAUGUAAUGAUCCACACAAGACAAAAACCAUUUCCUUGUGAGUUUUGUGGACAAAUGUUUAGCCAAAAGGUAACUUUAGACACACACAUGAGAAUCCACACAGGAGAGAAACCAUUUUCUUGUGAUGUCUGUGGUCAGAUGUUUAACCAAAAGGCAAGUUUAACCAGACAUAUGAGAAUCCAUACUGGAGAGAAACCGUUUUCUUGUGACAUUUGUAGUCAGAUGUUUAACCAAAAGACAAGUUUAAGCAGACACAUGAAACUCCACAUAGGGCAGGAACCAUUAUCUUGUAAUGUUUGUGGACAAAUAUUUGACCAAAAUAGAAAUUUGAACAAAAAUGUGCAAAUUGAUACAGGAAAGAAACUGCUUCCUUGUGAUAUUUGUGGGCGAAUGUUUGGCCAAAAGCUGAAUUUAAAUACAGAGAAGAUAGAAACCAUUUCCUUGUGAACUUUGUAGACAAAUGUUUAGUCAAAACUCAAAUUAAUAUCGACAUGAGAAUCCACACAGCACUGACACUAUUUCGUUGUGGUGUUUGUGGAC